GCAAGAUACACCAGCACGUCGGAACAGAAACGCCAAACAAUCGGCGGUGCGAAAGGAUAUCGACCGGCGCAUUCGCACACAACUGGAAAAAAAAAACGAGAACAGAGAGAUCACGGCACACAACUCAAUAGAACUACCUUGGCCUUCAUACACGCACAUACACACCAAUUAAAAAAGAAAUAGAACUUUUUUUUUCUUCUUGCAUUUCACUUUCCAAGACAGCAUUCUUAUUGGUGCUCGUAUUGCUCUAGGCACACCUAAACGAUGCUGUACGGCAGUCCCCAGCCAGCACCGGUUGCGGAGGGCACGUCGGCCAGCUGUUGCUCCGACCUCCGAGAGAUGAACGAGGCAAAGGUGGCAAACAUUCUCUCCUACCUCGACAGCGCAGCUGUAGUCCCCAUCUCGUACGAGAAACUGAGCCACAACAGUCAAAACCUGCGCGACGUGACCAACGUGACAAACAGCACGUCCAGCGCAAUCCCCCUCACCGCCUCAGCCCUGCAACACGUCACCGGCUUCUCGCCUUCGUCGUCGUCGUCGAUCGCUCCUCUUCCAGAAGGGUGGCACAGGAACUCUGCUGCUGACGCCGGUGCUGGUGCGACCGGUGCGAUUGCAGCUCUUCCCUCCGUGAACGGGUCCGCCUUCGUGCCAGCCCCUGCUCUCGCGUGGAUCACCGGGGGUGGGGCCGAGUCCGCGCAGAACACCUACCUCGGUAUCCGGAAGCGAAUCGAAGGCUUGCAGUUUGAGAAGGAGCAGCUGCAGCACGACAAUGACGACCUACGCAGCCGCCUGCAGCUGUGGCGCAGCGAGGAGCAACAGCGCAAAGCGGAGAUGCGCGAGGCGGUGCAGGCGGAGAUGGAAGAGCUGCAGAAAGGGCUGGCGAAAGAGCGGCGUCGCGCGAAGGCAGAGGGGGAGAAGGCAGACAAAAUGAAGGCGGAGUUGACCCGCCAGGUGGACGCCCUCACGGUGAAGCUGCGUGAGGAGACGGCGCGACGGGCGGAGGAGACGCGGCGGCUGGAGGCGGCCAACGCCGCAGCCAUCUCCUCCCUGCGCACGAAAUGGGCCGCACAGGAGAGGGCAAACCGAGAAAAGUGGCGCCUGGCUGAGGCGAAGCGUAUUAAGGAGUCGACGCUGCAGUCUCUCGAGCCGGAUAUCGUGCUACUGCUGAACCGGCACAAGGCCGAAAAGGCGCGUCUGCGUGAGGAGUACGAAAACGAGCUCCGCCAGCGUGACGAGGUCAUCGCGGCGAAGGACGCCUCGGUGGAGGAGUUGAAGUCAAAGCUGCAGCGCGAGGCGGCAGAGACCCUGACGCGCGAGCAGGAAGCCGUUCGCCAGAGUCUGCGCGACGAGAGCGAACGCAUUCAGCGCCAGCUGGCGGACGAGCGACGAAGCGAGAAGCAGAAGCGGGAGCAGCUGGAGCACCACCACGAGGAUCAGAGGCGCACCUUGCAGCACGAGAUUGAUCGUCUCGGUAAGGAGGUGCUGCGGCUGCAGAGUGCCCAGACAACGGAGCAGGCGUCCUUCCACGAGGCGGUCACGAAAGAAGUGUGCCGCAUCACGGCGGAGGCGAAUGAGCGCAUGGCGGCGCUGAAGGACAAAAUGCUGCUUGAGUUCACCACACGGGAGAGGGACCUGCAGGGGGAGAAUCACACCUACCUACGCAGCAAAGAGGACGAAAUGCGACGACGGUGUGAGGUGGAGCGGGAUGCCGCCAUUGCCAAGGUCGUGCAGCGACUUGAGACAGAACACCUGCGUACGCUGGAGUCGACCCGCGGCAGUGACGGCAUGCUGCGCGAGCGCUACCUGCAGGUCACGCGCGAGAAGGAGCGGCUGCAAGUGGAGCUAGACCUGGUAAAGGAGCAGCUGAAGUCCGCACUUGAGGUGAGUAAAAGCAAGACCGACGAGCUGGCGCGCAUCCAAGACGUGGCAGACCUGUCCCAGCAGCACCUCGACGCGAUCGAGAGCCGCGUGCGGGCCGAGUACGCAAAACGCAUGGGCAUUUUAGACCAGGAGUGGCAAAGGAAGCUGCACGAGUUCGAAGCGCAGCACGUUGCGGAGGUUUGGGAGCAGCAACAGCGUCAGACGUCGCUGGGGCAGGAGCUCAGUCGUCUCAAGUGCGACUACGAGACGGAGAAGAAGACGAUAGAGCAGCGUCACCACGCGGAGCUGAGUCAGAUCAACGAGCGCGUGCUUGUUGCCAUGACAAAGAAGGAGAACACGAUUCAGUACCAGUCCGAACAGCUGCUGGCGCUGCAGGAGGCGGUAAGCGUGCGUGACCAGGAGCUCCAACGGCACAAGCAACUGCUGCUGUAG